AUGUUUAAAGUAGUAACAAUAAAGUUAAUAGCACCUAAUAAAGAUGAUAUACUUGUUAAGUGUAAAGCAAAUAUAGCUAAAUCAACUGAAGGACCUGAGUGUGCACUAAUAGAUGAAAGAGGAGGGUAUACGGUUCACCCUGUACCAGCACCGGAUUCAAUUAAAACUGAACCAAUGAUACAUACUAAUGCAGGAGGUAAACAUCAGAAACUAAUGUUAUUUAAUCUAGCAAAUGCCAUAUCUACUGCACCAAUCAUAAUAGGUAAGAAGAAAUUACCAAAAGCUCCAAUUAAUACAGGCAUAACGAAUAAGAAAAUCAUAGCUAUAGCAUGUCCAGUAACUAGAACGUUAUAA